CUGCGGCUUCAGAUGUGGCAAAACAAGAUAUUCCUUUCUGGCAUGGGGAUCUGACAUACCACACUGCUUCACUUUGAAUUUGGACAGUAUGCUGUAACACAAGAUAUGAUAUGACUUCAAGCAACAAUAGGAUCAACUGCAAUUAAAGAUACAACAACUUCAGGCGCAACUACAAGUGGAAUUCCUCUAUCACAAAAUGAAGAAAUCAGCGUAUGUGUCUGACCUCAGGAUUGCGAUAUUUGGAAAAAAUCCAAAUGAAAAGACAACACUGAGUAACUUUAUCACUGCAAAAAGAGAUGGUUCUCUCCCAAGAACCCCAAAGCAAUGUGUACAUGCCGAGGGAGAGUGGAGGAAAAAACCUUUCACAAUUCUGAAAACUGCAGACGUCUUCAGUCUGCCACUGGAGAGAGUAAGACUUGAGAUAAAGAAGUGUGUGGUUCAAUGCUCCCCUGGACCAAAUGUUCUGCUCCUGUUAGUGAACCCUUCUGAUUUUACUGAGCAGGAUAGGCAACAAAUCAAGUUCUUCAUGAACUUCUUUGGACCAGAUGCUUUUAAAUACGCAAUGGUUAUCAUAACACAAAAUUGUGGGCUAGGUAAUCCUUCAGUUAAUCAACUCAUCCAAGACUGUAAACAAAGGCAACAUAUAAUGGACUGGGAUGAAGAUGAUUUUCCUGAGUAUGAUCACCAAGAACUGAUGGAGAAAAUGGAGAACAUAGUGGAUGAAAACAGGGGACAAUAUUUAGUCUACACUGAAGACACAGGUCCCAUGGGAGCACCUGAAUGCACGAAACCAGCUCUAAACCUGGUUUUGUUUGGGAGACAUGGAGGCUGGAAGACUUCAGCAUCCAAUGCUCUUCUGGGAGAAAGAAAGUUUGGUCCACAUGUUGAAUCAUCAGAGUGUGUUAAAAGGCAGGGAGAGGUUUGUGGACGUAGGGUUACCCUUGUGGAGCUGCCUGCCUUGUCUGGAAAACCUCAGGAGGCAAGAAAGAAAGAAGCAUUGGAGAGCAUCUCCCUCUGUGAUCCCUGA